CUACACCCACUCUCAUCAUUAGCUGUCUUGAGGGAUGCGUGCGUCUUGGAUCUGUGUGCUGGAAAACAUGCAAAGGCUUAAGCACCAUGGCAGAAAAGGCAGUAGCAAAUAAAGGAGAAACAGAGAGAGAAAUGGAUUAAUUUGGAUUGUGGUACUACAGCAUCAUAGGAGCAGAAUCUCGCUAAGGGAUAGCUUUAUUGUGCAGGACUAAGCUAUUUUUUUCUUUUUCCAUUAAGAAUAAUUUUACUGGGAUUUUGCAAACUGAAGAAUGUAUUAUUGACGCAGAAAAAGGAUUUCUCUUUGUUCACACUUCUCAUUACCAAGCAAAAAUUAACUGGAAUCCUAAAGAUACCUGAUCCAAUGGGGACAACAGAGGCUACCCUACGGAUGGAAAACAUGGAGGUGAAGGAUGAAUGGCAGGACGAAGACUUUCCCAGGCCCCUCCCAGAAGACACAGGAAUGGCAGACGAGGAUAGCAAAGCAUCACCUCCAGAUACACUACAUUUUAACGAAGCACAUCGAAAGCGAAAAACACUGGUGGCACCGGAGAUCAACAUCUCACUAGAUCAAAGUGAGGGAUCUGUCCUUUCAGAUGACUACCUCGACACGCCUGAUGACUUGGAUAUAAAUGUAGAUGACAUAGAGACUCCUGAUGAGACAGACUCUUUGGAAUUCCUUGGAAACAGCAAUGAACUUGAAUGGGAAGAUGACACUCCAGUUGCCAGUGCAAAGAAACUACCAGAAGAUAAUGAAGAUGCUUUUGGGGAUGGAUCAGGAGAGGAUGGAGCAGCAUCCAAUGGUCGACUGUGGAGGUCUGUGAUCAUCGGUGAACAGGAGCACCGAAUUGACAUGCAGAUCAUUAAACCUUAUAUGAGGGUAGUGACACAUGGAGGUUACUAUGGGGAGGGACUGAAUGCAAUCAUCGUAUUUGCUGCCUGUUAUUUGCCGGAUAGCAGCUCUGCUGAUUAUCACUAUGUCAUGGAGAAUCUCUUUCUGUAUGUGAUCAGCAGCUUGGAGCUUCUGGUGGCAGAGGACUACAUGAUCGUUUAUUUGAGUGGAGCUACUCCUCGACGCAGAAUGCCGGGACUGGGUUGGCUCAAGAAGUGCUACCAGAUGAUUGACAGGAGGCUGCGGAAGAAUCUGAAGGCUCUAAUCAUCGUACAUCCUUCUUGGUUCAUUCGUACAGUAUUGGCCAUCUCCAGACCUUUCAUCAGUGUGAAGUUUAUGAACAAAAUUCAGUAUGUACAUAGCUUGGAAGAGCUGGAGCAGAUCAUCCCGAUGGAGCAUGUGCAGAUUCCAGAAUGUGUCCUUCAAUUUGAAGAGGAGAGAAUCAAAGCCAGAAAAGAAAGGUCAGAAGAACGCCAGGCAACUUCUGAAAAGGAAAGGACUUCCUGAAGGUGGAACACAGCGGAGGCCUGAACACCACUACAGAUACAGAACUCUCUCACUAACAACCCCCAGCAGUGUAACAACAUCCUUCCACAGCUCUUCUCGUUAGCUCUGCGACUGCACCAUUUCAAAACGCGUAACGUGAGAAGUCUUGUCAUGCUUCUAAAAUCCACCGUGUCUCCACUGUUGACAUUUGCCCCUGACUUUAUGUCACAUAUGUAAAUAGAAUAAAGCCACAGCUGUAAAGUGAAAUGACAUCUAAGUCAAGGGGGUUUUGGAGACCCUUGGGUUGAAAGUUGCUUGUGAUCUUUGACCAUCAGUAUUUCUGUAACCAGUAUGAUUGGCUUGGAUUCUGAAUGGAGAUUGGUUGCCUUGUUUGGCCUGCUAUGUUAAUAAAAACAGGCCAUGUGGGAAGAUUUACAAAGCUGUUGCUUAUUAUGAAUUUCUGUAAGUUCUACAACUGAAACAAUGGAGAUAUUGUUGUACAUCUGCUAAUCAAACAUGAGUUUAAGUAUACUGUUAACAGAAUUAUACACAGCUGACACAGUUAUAUCCAUUUCUUUCACCAUUGGAGGGAUAUAACUGAAGUGGAAGAUCACCUGUAUAUGAGCACUGAUGGUUUACCUUUACUCCUACCAUCUCAAAUUCAGUAGUCAUCACAACCUAGAAGAAUAUCAGCAGUUUUGGCAAAAAAGGAUGUGUAAUUAAAACGUCUUAUUUGUUGAUCCAGUACUUAGACAUCAGGUAUUUUCGUAAUGCGGUUUGGAAUUUCCUUUGUUUAACUACUGUCCAUUUGGAACGUUACUGCAAAUUAGUGGAAGACUACACAGAUUCUGGGUCUAAUUAGCAAGAAGUACAAAAAAGAGAAAAACAGCUUGCAUUCACUGCCAUUUUAACAGCUUCGAAUAUGUUUUAAUGAGUGCAAAGAAAGACUGCAGCAGAAAAAUAGCAUAAACACAAUCCCAGUACUUGGUGAUAUCACUGACAAUUAAAACAUGUCUGCUUCCGUUAAUAACACCAGCUUUAUAGAGGUACCUUAUUAUACGAGGGAGACUUUAAACUUAGUUGAGUAAGAGCUGCUGAGGAUUAUUGCAGUAUGGCCACAUUUUACCCCUAAGUCAGUCGCCCAGCUAGACAGGGGCCCAGAGAAGUAAAUAUUGUAGGAAGAAAUUUCCAGGGAAUUGUUAUGGCUAGGCUUGUAUAGGCCUUAGGGCCGAUAGCCUAGUACCAAUCUAUGAACCUAUAAGUUGAACAUCUGCAUGCUAUAGUUUUAAGUCAGCAGUCAUACACACAGUGUUUACUUUUCUGUGAGAUUUAUUGGAAAACUAAAGAGCUACAUUUUCACAAACUGAUGAGUGCGUAAGUUCUUAACCAAUCAGUCAAACUAUACUAUCUCUCCAUAAAUAUUAACGGGGCUUUUUACGUGUUUUGGUGAUUUAAUUAUUUAUUUUGCUUUGGUGUUUGAUUUUAAUGAUUAAAAGUGAGAAAUACACAGACACAGUACAAUAUUUUUAUUUUCUAAUUUGCAUAAACAAAGCUGGCUUUUGGUCUAUUAGAGAACUUGAAGAGUGGGCUAGAUUUCAUUAGUGGGGGGUUACUUGUCUUUAUGCAGCGCUUUUCUUUUUAGUAGAGUAAGCAAACUCCUUCCUGCAUCUUACUUUCUAACACACAGAUAGAGAUUUGCUGAAAGAAAAAAUUGGAAAAGAGAGUGAGUAGAUCCAAAAACUUGAGUUUAAGCAAUGGCCUACAUGCUUAUCUCUAAGGUAACCUAAAUUCCCCUUAGAAGUACAGCAGACACUGAGAAAGGGUUACAUGAUCAGAGGAAUAUAUCAUUAUUCAGAUAUUCUCUGAAUAAAUGAACUCUGCAUUAUUUUGUAGAAUUUGAUAUACUUCUGUUUCAUUACAAAAUUUGCUAAGAGUUUAGGACUAUGACAAGUAUGUAGCACAGAAUGGCCUGCAUGAAUUUUUGCUAGGUAUCCUAACAGGCCCACCUGACUCAACUUAGCAGUGCAGUUUCUAAUCACAAGUUGCAUUUUGCCUUUAUCUGAUGUAGUGUUGUUAUGCAGCUGUUGGCAUGUCUGGCAUUUUAGAUUCACAGUAGAGAGACAUAUUCAUCUAUCCAUUAAUUCCCAAUACCCAAUUUAUCUAGUUUAGAAUUGUGAGUGUAGAGACUCUCCCAGCAUACAGUGAUGCAAGGUGGUAGCUAUCUCUGGAAGGAACACUAAGCCAGUAUAAGACACACACAAGUAUACUCAUGCAAACACACACACACAACAGCAUACUUGAACACACACACACACACACACACACACACACACACACACAUACACACACACACACAGACAUACAUGUAACACAUGUAUACCAUUCCCUACGCACAUAUUGAUGCGUGUGCACACAAACUUGUGCACACAGUCUCCAUACAUACACACCUGCAUAGGCCCAUGCUGUCUGCCAACAUAUCUUAGGAAUAUGACAGGAGGACACUUAGCCCAGAGUACACCUGUGUGAGGAGCACAAAGCACAUUUUACUUUAUAAAGUACUACAAAAUGAGCACAAUCACAGUCAUAGCUGCAGAGGGCUGAAAUGCAUAAGUUUUACCUCAUCCUGUAUUCCUAAUCUGAGCUUUGAAUGAUCUUGUAUUACUGGAACAUGACAGAUAGAUGGUACUGAAUAGUGAGAAUUAAAAAAAAGUAAGAGAGAAGUUGCUUGGCAAUUUGCCAGGAUCCACUGAAGAUGCCAAACCUUCCUGUGUUUUGGCUAUCAGUAUAUAGAUGCAGAUACAGGCUAGGGGUUCAUGAUAAAAUUCUGAGGUCCACAGCUUUGAUACUCAGAAAAGCACAACUAAAAGUGUGGGUCUGGGAAAUCAAUGUCAAGUAUGAGGUUAUAGCCCCUCCCCCAAGUAUUGCCCUUACUCUGAAGUACCCAGAUCUCAGAGUUAAUUCAUAUAAGUAACAAAACUUUGGGGACAACCCCCCCCCCCCUCUGCAAAGUGUGCAGAGGAGCAAAAUCCCAAUGCAAAAACCUCUUAAUAAAUUGGAAUUGCUGUGACUUAAGAUGUGCCAUUUGUCCUUGGCAAUCCUCCUUUAUUUGUGGUCUUGCAGUUAUGGGUCUCAUAUUUGCAGCAGACAACAGAGAUCUAGAGUAAGAGAGAGGAGGAUGAGGGGUGGGCAGAAGGUGAACCAGAUGUGCAACAGCUCCACACACCAUCCAUAUGUAUGCUGUUUUUUAGGCUAUGUCAAACUGAAAGAAAGAUGGAGAAAAAAAAUAAGCAAUCUUCCCUGAACUUUCAUCUUAAUAGUUCAAAUCACCCAUGCACUUUGUCCAAAACAGAUAAAUAGUGGGGGAGAAAGAAAUGAUUAUAAUCCUAAUUUACUUGAAGGAGGACCAUCCAAAGAAUAAGCCAGUCUUUCAUGGGAGCAAACCUAUGAAUGUGCCAGUAGCAUGGAAAGUGUCCUUGGUAUGGGAAAACAUGGCUGAAAAAUUGUGUUCUAUUAUAGGAUGAGCAUAACAAAUUACAAGAAGCAAAUACUCCAAGUUCACAAAUGCUCCAUGUUUAUGAAGGAAUGCUGCCUAUGAAUAUAGAUGUUUAAAUGCCUUCCAUCUGGGACUAUGUGUUUGACUGUAUUGAUGAAUCUGUUGAUCUGAAAUACUGUUUAUGACCAGUCAGAGGAGCAAGAUCAUAAUACUCAUUUCAGAGUAAUUUUCUUGAUUGACACUAAAUGCGGAAGAUGCUAAACAAGUCUUAUUCAUUGUUGUAUUUUAGUUUUAUUAUGAUAAGUUUUCUGUAUUUUUUACCACUGUAUAACAUCCCCACCCCCAGGUGUGGUAAUUGAACAGGAGGUGAGGCUCCAUGUACUUGCCUCAGUCAAUACAUUCUGAAUAAUUAAAUAAAUAAAUGCAUUAUAUGGUGAUGACUAGUAA